CCUUUUGCAGAUAUGCAGAGCAGAGAUAUAACAAUCGGGCCGUAUAAUAAUUAAGGGUUUGGGCGAGCCUCUAAACUUCAGGAUGAUUAAAAUUCUGUGGCGUAUGUAUAUAGAGGGCUACAGGCCUCAAAAUAGUGACUGAUGGACCCUUGCACCUGUGUCUUGCUUGUGUCUUUCUGCGACAGCGAAAUUGAAUAUCUGCAUUACCUGCUCCGAGCGACAGACACAACUAACCGCCACGAUGAGGAAUUACAUGGCCGCGGGUUGGUUCUACUCCCCUAGCCAGAUAAAACGCUACAUUAUAUCGCGCCCGAUGAGCUUGCGCCCACCAGUGACCAAGCUCAGGAAUCCGAUCUCUGUUCUCCGCGAACUUAAUUCUCACCAGUGGAUAAUGUUCCUCGUUGGUUUCAUUAGCUGGGUCUGGGAUGCGUUCGACUUCUUCACCGUCUCACUGACCAUCACUGAUAUCGCAAAUGACUUCGGAGUCUCUAAAGCGGAUGUCUCUUGGGGAAUUACUGUAACUUUGAUGCUUCGAUCAGUUGGCGCUCUGAUCUGUGGAGGUUUAUCCGAUCGCUACGGCCGGAAGUGGCCUAUGAUGAUUAGCCUAGGCUUGUUCGUUGUCCUCGAACUCGGAUCUGGCUUCUGCCAAAAUGUUCAGCAGUUCAUAGCAAUCCGUGCUAUCUAUGGCAUAGUCAUGGGCGGACUCGUCGGCCCUGCAGCAGCAACGGCACUGGAAGAUCUCCCCUACGACGCUCGCGGUGUCCUCUCAGGACUCUUCCUCUCUGCUUACGCUAUCGGCUACCUCCUUGCCGCCGUCUUUUGCCUUGCGCUUGUUCCUACAACGCCGAACGGAUGGCGAAGUCUGUUCUGGUUUGGCGCCGGCCCGCCCAUCCUCAUCAUGGCCUUCCGUUAUUGGGCCCCUGAGACGAACGCCUUCCAGAUCAUCAAGGCCGAGCGCGAUUCCAAACACAGACACAACACUGACCUUAGUGGCAGCGCGUCGAAGUACUUUGAUCUUCAUACUUACACCCGGGAAGCCAAGGUCGCGCUCACGCAGAACUGGGUUCUAAUCACCUACAUGGUCAUCCUAAUGUCUGGCCUCAACGCGACAACCCACGGCAGCCAGGACUUCUAUCCCACCUUCCUCACAUCGCAACUCGGCAUGACUACACAAGAGGUCACAGUCAUCACCGUUGUGGGCCAGAUUGGUGCCGCCAUCGGCGCCACAUGUAUUGGGUACAUUAGCACUUUCGCCGGCCGCCGGUUGACUAUGAUGACAGCUGCUGUCUUUGGCGGCGCCAUCCUGCCCGCCUAUAUUCUCCCAAAAACUAAGUCCUUAGCUGCGGGUGCCUUCUUCGAGCAGUUCUUCGUGCUCGGUAUCUGGGGUCCCGUUGCGAUACAUCUAAUGGAGCUUUCCCCACCUGCCUUACGCUCCCUCCUUGUUGGCCUAACCUACCAACUGGGCAACCUCGCCUCCUCGGCGUCAGCCACAAUCCAAGCCACAAUUGGGGAGAAGUUCCCACUUCCCCCUAGCGCGACGGAAUCAAAUCGCUUUGAUUAUGGGAAGGUUAUUGGGAUCUUCAUGGGAGCGGUGUGGGCAUACGAUGUGAUCAUGCUGUUCAUAGGCCCUGAGAUGAGCCAAGAGGAGCGGGAUGAUGAAGCUGAGGCUGGGCUUCAGCUUGAGAGGUUGAGAAAGGCGGGGAUGAGUUUGUCGGAAGUCGGGGCGGCGAGUGGGGCGUGGAAGGUAGAGAGGGAAUUAGAGUUGCAGAGGGUAAAAAGCGUGGCUGCUGCAAAAGAGAUGGAGGGAGUAAAGGAAACCGACGUUGCAGGAGAGAGUGUGUGAUGCUGUAGGCUAGCUAUAUGAGGGGAUAGGCGCUGGGGACAGUAAAUUAUAAUUUAUGACUGCUCUUCGUACCCUAUUUCUUAUAGUUGCAUUCUAAUAGAGAAAACUUAAGGAUGAAAUUGAGAGAGAUGUUAUGGAAGUCUGGUAUUCAUUUCGGGUCUAGACAUGCGCAGGGAGGCGCAGGAGGCAUAUAAGUGGAAGGCUGACGGACCAUAGGCGAGGAUAGAACGAAAUGUAUAAGAUAUUAGGAUAUACGAGAAGGAG